GUCGUCUAGGCAACCGUAAACUAACAACAGCACAGAGUUGGAUGAGCAUCUCUCCAGUUUCUGAAGCUUCAUCUCAAAUUAGAACUGAAGCAAAUUCGUCCUGAAACUGAAGGAGAACAAUGUCGGAUAUAGGAUCGGAUGUGUUUGACGAUGAACAAAAUAAACUGGGGGAGUAUGACGGGGGUAGAAAUGAAGCAGGAGAGAGGCACGGAGUCGGGAAAGCUGUUCUGCCCAACGGAGACAUUUAUCAGGGAGAGUAUGAGAAUGGGAAAAGACAUGGACAGGGGACAUAUCGCUUCAAGAAUGGUGCCAGAUAUGUGGGAGACUAUCGCCAAAACAUGAAACAUGGACAGGGCACCUUCUACUAUCCAGAUGGGUCCAUUUAUGAAGGGUCCUGGGUGGAGGACUUGAGAGAAGGCCAUGGUGUCUACACCUACUCCAAUAGAGACACAUAUGAUGGAGAGUGGCUGCAUCACCUGAGACAUGGUCAGGGCGUCUACUGCUACCACGCAACUGGAUCAAAAUACAAGGGGACAUGGAUAAAUGGCAAGAUGGAGGCAGCUGGAGAGUACAUCCAUACUAACCACAGAUACAAGGGCAACUUUGUCAACAGUAAUCCAUCUGGACCAGGGAAGUAUGAGUUUGAUACCGGCUGUGAGCAACAUGGAGAAUACCACCAAGUAGAGCAGGACCAAGCUGAAGAUGAGUGGGGUGAGUUGCCCUCUGCUCUUGUCCUCAAGUGGAUUCCCAAGUGUAUCACUGGCUUGACGCUGUGGACUCCUGGCAAAGAGACUUCAGACUGGUGACCUGUCCAGGGUGUCCCCUGCCUUCACCCUAAAUCUGCUGGGAUGGACUCCAGCUCCCUGAAACCCUAAUGAGGAUUAAGCGGUGUAUAGAUAAUAGAUGGAUGUUCCCCAGUAGAUCCUCACCUACCCAAGAACUCUUUCUCGGGACACCAACCAAACAGUUUUUUGAAUAAUCAAAAAAGAAAAAAAGAAAAAAGAAAAAAAUCAAACAGUAUCACUUUUUAUUUUUUCAUUUAAUGGUUUUCUCUGGUGUCUGUAUGUCCUUAUAUGUUGUGGUUUGAAUGCCUUUGCUACACUACUGUACAUUUAAUUAGCUUCUUAAGUGUUUGCUUGCAAUUUUUAUAAUAAUUUUUUGAAUGCUACAAAACAAUCCACAAAAUUUGGAAAAUUCUGACAUAUGAGUUAUUAAUUUUAUAAAAUGUUUUUAAGGCAUACAUUGAACUGUUUAUGACUAUGGUUUAUAGUGAUGCUACACAAAUGUCAUGCUUCCAAUUCUUCAGACUCAAAGAUGCAGACUCCCUCAUGUAGUGGGGGGAAAAAAAGAAUCUGCACUCAA